UAUUUCCCCUCAAACGGGACUUGGAGACAUACUUCCUCUGCCCAGCCCUGUCUGCUUCAGUGAUGGGGCAGUGAGGAUGCCGAAGCACGACAGUCCUGUGUAGACUUUUUUUUUACUCUUCCAUUCCUCAACUUCAGUGAUUUAGUCUUUUUUCAACCUGUCUGCUGCCAUGUUGCGGGUUGUAGUGGAAUCGGCUAAAGAUCUGCCUAAAAAGAAACUUGGAAGCCCUGAUCCAAUCACCUCUGUGAUUUUUAAAGAUGAGAAGAAGAAAACAAAAUCGAUCGACAGUGAGGUUAAUCCUGUCUGGAAUGAGGUGCUUGAGUUUGAUCUGAAGGGCAUCGGGCUGGACUCUAGCUCCUACAUAGAUGUGGUUGUGAAAGACUAUGAAACUAUUGGGAGAGAUAAAUUCCUUGGGUCAGCGAAAAUCUAUCUGAAAGACCUUGCCUCAGGUCAAAUGAGAUCACUACCAUCCAAAAAUGUUCCUUUGGCCAAUGACAGUGGGCAGAGUACUGGAGCUACAAUCAACCUUGUGAUUGGCUAUGAUCCUCCACCCAAUGCUGCACCAAACCUCAAUGACCCUCAAGGAGAUUCCACAGUGGAUGCUGGUGGAGGUGGAGGUGGUGGUGAUGAAGGCGAUGAGACUCAACCAGAUGGUGGUCAGAGUGGCUCCCCAGGGGUCCCCUCAUCCCCUGGGCAGCCUGUUAACCUGCGCCGGCGGGUGGCCAGGGCACAGAGCCGCCACCGACUAGUCAAUAAACCCCAGGACUUCCAGAUUCGUGUCCGGAUCAUCGAGGCCCGUCAGUUGUCUGGCAACAAUGUCAAACCAGUAGUGAAGGUUAAUGUGUGCGAUGAAACCCACAGGACGAGGAUCAAGAGGGGAAACAACCCCUUCUUUGAUGAGAUGUUUUUCUACAAUGUCCACAUGCUGCCAUCUGAUCUGUUCGAUAAGCACAUCAGCUUCCGGGUGUAUAAUUCCUAUUCACUGAGGGCUGAUAGUCUCAUGGGAGAAUUCAAGCUGGACGUUGGUUAUGUUUAUGAUGAACCAGCUCACUGUGUCAUGAGGAAGUGGCUCCUGUUGAAUGAACCAGACGACUCCAACUCCGGCGCUAAAGGCUACCUCAAAGUCAGCCUCUUUGUCGUGGGUGCAGGAGACGAGCCGCCGGUGGAAAAGAGGGAUUCAAAUGACGAUCAGGAUGACAUAGAGAGUAAUCUGCUGCUGCCGGCUGGUGUGGCUCUGCGAAGGGCCACCCUGUCAUUAAAGGUGUUCAGAGCUGAGGACGUUCCCCAGAUGGAUGAUGCAUUCAUCCAGACCAUGAAAAGUAUUUUUGGAGGGGAUGAAAACAAGAAGAACCUGGUGGAUCCUUUCUUAGAGGCUCGCUUCGCUGGCAAAAAGCUGUGCACUCAGAUCAUUGAGAAGAAUGCAAACCCUGAGUGGAACCAGGUGCUGAACCUACAAGCGAAGUUCCCCUCGAUGUGUGAGCGUGUCAAACUGACCGUCUUUGAUUGGGAUCGUUUGACAGGAAAUGAUGCUAUUGGCACCACAUACCUGAACCUGGCCAAGAUAGGCUCCUCUGGCGGAGAGAUUGAAGAGGAACAUGCAGGAAAUGGGGAAAUGCCAUCAUUUGAAGCCAACACCGGGCAGUCUGAAGUGGGUUUCCUGCCCGUCUUUGGGCCCUGCUAUGUCAACCUGUAUGGCAGCCCCAGAGAGUUCACCGGCCUGCCAGACCCCUAUGAGGAUCUCAAUUACGGCAAGGGAGAGGGCGUGGCGUACAGGGGCAGAGUCCUGGUCGAGCUGACUACUAAGCUGGACGGGAAAGAAGACAAAACCGUAGACAGCAUCCCCAACGAUGACAUCCUGGUGGUGCAGAAGUACCAGAGGAGGAGGAAGUACAGUCUGUGUGCAGUCUUCCACAGCGCCUCCAUGAUACAGGAACCAGGAGAGCCAAUCCAGUUUGAGGUCAGCAUCGGGAACUAUGGCAACAAGUUGGACACCACCUGCAAACCACUGUCCUCCACCACGCAGUACAGCUGUGCUGUGUUUGACGGAAACCACUACUAUUACCUGCCCUGGGUGGACACUAAGCCGGUGGUUGUGGUUCUCUCAUUCUGGGAGGAUAUCAGCCACCGCCUGGAUUCUGUCAACAUCAUCCUCUACAUUACUCACCGCCUGCAAUCCAACCUGGAGGCAUUUAAAACCGGCAUCUUGGCAAAAGUCUCCGACAACCAGCUCGUAGAGGUGUGGCUGAAGUUGCUCAAUCAGCUGAUUGAAGACAUAGAAAGUUUGCCUCCUCCCGACCUGGAGGGCCGCUCCAACCUGACGGCUCUGGACAUCCAGAUCAAGAAGCUGCGAGACAGCGCUCUGACCGCCAUCAUGGACGGAGCCAGGCGCAUGAGAGAGGAGGCCAGAGAGAUCCGGGACACUCUGCCUGACUUGGAGGCCUGGGUGGACAAACUUACACAGCUGGCUGAGGAGCCCCAGAACAGCAUGCCUGACGUGAUCAUCUGGAUGCUGCGGGGAGAGAAGAGGGUCGCCUGCAGUCGCAUCCCGGCUCACCAAGUCCUCUUCUCCACGUACAGCGAGCAGGCCUGCGGGCAGCACUGUGGCAAGACUCAGACGGUGUUUCUACAGUAUCCCAUGGACAAGAACAAGGGCCUGAAGGUGCCGGUUCAGAUCCGAGUCAACAUGUGGCUGGGUCUGGCUGCACAUGAGAAGAAGUUCAACUCCUUCUCUGAGGGGACCUUCAGCGUGUUCGCUGAGAUGUAUGAAAACCAGGCCGAGGUGUUUGGAAACUGGGGGACCACGGGACUAGUGGGACGCCACAAAUUCUCAGACGUAACGGGCAAACUGAAGCUGAAGAAAGAGUACUUCCUGCCUCCAAGGGGAUGGGAAUGGGAAGGUGAAUGGUUCAUCGACCCAGAGAAAGCUCUGUUAACGGAGGCAGAUGCAGGACACACUGAAUUCAUGGAUGAAGUGUUCCAAAAUGAGACUCGGUUCCCCGGUGGAGAGUGGAAGGCGGCCUCCGAGCCCUUCACCGAUGUGAAUGGAGAGAAGAGCCGUAACCCUGCAGAGUUUGACCUUCCUCCAGGUUGGCAGUGGGAGGACGAGUGGACUGUGGAUGACAACAGAGCUGUGGAUGAUCAAGGCUGGGAGUAUGGAGUCACCAUUCCCCCAGAUGACAAGCCGCGGUCCUUUGUCCCUACGGAGAAGGUGUACCAUGUCCACCGCAGGAGAAGACUGGUUCGACCCCGAAAGAGAGCUGCGCUGCCUGCAGGAGCCACUGUGGAGAGGCGGGACCAAGGCGACCCUGAAGGCUGGGAAUUUUCUUCUCUGAUUGGCUGGAAGUUCCACAGGAAGGAGCGUUCCUCAGACACUUUCCGGCGAAGGCGCUGGAGGCGGAAAAUGGCGCCAGAGGACCGGCUCGGAGCAUCUGCCAUCUUCCAGCUGGAGGGGGCAUUGGGUGUCGAUACUGAGGAGAAGGAGAAAGGCUCCAAAGCAGAUGCCACCAAACUGUUUGGUGCCAACACGCCCACUGUGUCCUGCUCCUUUGACAGGUCACACAUGUAUCAUCUCCGUGUCUACGUGUAUCAGGCAAAGAACUUGACAUCUAUGGACAAAGAUAGUUUUUCUGAUCCAUAUGCACACGUCUCCUUCCUGCAUGUCAGUAAGACAACAGAGAAGCUGCAGGCAACUCUGAACCCAACCUGGGACCAAACUCUGAUCUUCAAUGAUGUGGAGAUUUACGGAGACCCCCAGAGCAUCGCUCAGCGCCCCCCUGAUGUUGUUCUGGAGUUCUGCGACCAUGACCAAGUGGGGAAGGAUGAGCUGCUGGGCCGCAGUGUUUGCCCGCCAUUGGUGAAGUUGAAUUCAGGCAUGGAUCAGACACCCAAACUGCUGUGGUACCCCAUCAUCCAGAAAGGUCAGAAGGCAGGGGAGGCAUUGGUGGCUGCAGAACUCAUCCUUAAAGACAAGUCAGGCGAGACAGAUCUUCCCCUGGUUCCCCCGAAGAGAUCAGAGAACCUCUACAUGGUUCCUCAGGGCAUCCGGCCUGUAGUACAGCUCACUGCUGUGGAGAUUCUGGCGUGGGGCCUGAGGAACAUGAAGCCCUUUCAGCUGGCCUCCGUGUCUUCACCCAGCCUGGUGGUGGAGUGUGGGGGGCAGAGGAUAGAGUCAGCCGUCAUCAAGAACAUGAAGAGGAGCCCCAACUUCCCCAGCUCCGUCCUCUUCGUCAAAGUGCUCCUGCCAAAGGAGGAGAUGUACACACCUCCCAUUGUGCUGAAGGUGAUAGACCACCGUCCAUUUGGCAGGAAGCCUGUGGUGGGUCAGUGUACCAUCGUCUCGCUGGAGCAGUUCAGAUGUGACCCGUACGUCAUCACUGCAGAGGGAGCCAUGUCAUCCAAAAUGGCUCUGAUGGCUGCUACUCCCUCCAAACAUCUCUCUAUUAACAUGGAGGAGACCAGACCGCUGCUGGAGGCUCAGUUCAUGUACAGCAUGUCAGCUGCUGUCAACAAAAUGGCUUCCCCUCCCUCCCACUUUAUUGUAGAGAAGGAGAAAGAGACUGUCGACUGGUGGAGUAAAUUCUACGCUUCAACUGGAGACCAGAUGAAAUGCGGCCCUUACCUCAAAAAAGGAUACGACACCCUCAAAGUGUAUGACUGUGAGCUGGAGAAUGUCCCAGAGUUCAAAGGGCUGACUGACUUCUGCAACACCUUCAAACUGUUUCGAGGCAAGAAUGAAAAUGGGGAUGAUGACCCCACUGUGGUUGGAGAGCUGAAGGGUUCAUUCAAGGUGUACCCUCUGCCGGACGACCCAGGUGUUAAUCCCCCUCCCCGUCAGUUCAGAGAGCUGCCGGAGAGCGGACCUCAGGAGUGUCUGGUCAGGAUUUAUGUGGUCCGAGCCGUAGACCUACAGCCUAAAGACAAUAACGGCAGAUGUGACCCAUACAUAAAGAUGACUUUGGGAAGGAACACGAUUGAUGACAGAGACCAUUACUUACCCAACACCACCAACCCGCUGUUUGGAAGGAUGUUUGAGAUGACGUGCUUCCUGCCUCAAGACAAAGACCUGAAAAUCUCCGUCUACGACCACGAUCUCCUGAGCCGCGACGAGAAGGUCGGCGAGACCGUCAUCGACCUGGAGAACCGCUUCCUGUCCCGAUAUAACUCUUACUGUGGCCUGCCACAAACCUACUGCAUCUCUGGUAUCAACAAGUGGCGGGACCAGCUGAAGCCGUCGGCGAUCCUGGAGAACCUGGCUCGACUUAAAGGCCUGUCCAAACCCAGGACAGAAGACAACGGCACAUCACUCGCCUUCAAUGGCACAGAGUACACGCUGGCUCAGUUUGAGGACAACAAGGAAGUUCAUCAGCACUUGGGUCCGGCCCGUGAACGCCUCUGUCUGCACGUGCUCAGAAAACAGAAGCUGGUCCCUGAACAUGUGGAGACCAGGACCCUUUACAGCAGCUUCCAGCCCACUCUCUCCCAGGGAAGGCUUCAGAUGUGGGUGGAUGUUUUCCCCAAAAGCAUCGGCCCUCCUGGACCUCCGUUUGACAUUACACCACGCAAGCCUAAGAGGUAUUUCCUGCGUGCCGUCGUCUGGAACACCACAGACGUGACUUUAGACGAGACGAGCAUCACAGGAGAACACAUGAGUGACAUCUACGUCAAAGGCUGGAUGCCGGGCAUGGAGGAGGACAAGCAGAAGACUGACGUCCACUACAGGUCUCUGGACGGAGACGGCAACUUUAACUGGAGGUUCGUCUUCGACUUUGAGUUCCUGCCAGCUGAACAACUCUGCCUUGUGUCCAAGAAGGAGCGCUUCUGGAGUCUUGACAAAACCGAGUUCAGGAUCCCCCCCAAGCUGAUUGUUCAGAUAUGGGAUAACGACAAAUUCUCCCUAGAUGAUUACCUCGGCACACUGGAGCUGGAUCUGCGUAACCUGGUCGCUCCUGCAAAGAGCCCAGAGAAGUGUUCCCUGGUGAUGAUGGAUGAUAUAGAGAUGGGAGCGCCACACAAGACGGAGCACGCCAAGUCUCUGUUUGCUCAGCAGUCGGUCAGAGGCUGGUGGCCCUGUUCCAUAGAGAAGGAUGGACAGAAGACUCUGGGUGGUAAAGUGGAGAUGACUCUGGAGAUUGUACCUGAAGCUGAUGCGGAUGAGAAACCUGCAGGAAAAGGCAGAGACGAACCCAACAUGAACCCAAAACUGGACCCUCCCAAACGCCCAGAAACGUCCUUCUUCUGGUUCACCAACCCAUGCAAGACCAUGAAGUUCAUUGUGUGGAGAAGGUUCAGGUGCCUCUUCAUCGGACUCAUCAUCCUCACCAUAGUGGUUCUCUUCAUCGCCAUCCUCUUGUACUCUUUACCGAACUACAUCUCAAUGAAGAUAGUGAAACCACUGCAAUAAGCCGACAAUGGAGGAGCAGCAUUUAAAAAUGUCCACAGGACCACAAUAACUGCCAGACCAUCUCAAUAUCUUUUUAUGCCUUUAGUAUUUCAUAAAUGGGAAGGGGUGCUUGCACAGUUGCACAUCAUGAUAUUUUACCGUGAACACUUUGUCCUCUAAACUGUGACAGACUUGAGAGCAAUACAUUUGUGAUUUAUUUCCGAACCACUGCUUUUAUCACUGACUGAGGGAUGAGAAACUAGAGCCCCCUGCACACUUUAAUGCAAUCAACUCUUAUCAUUUACAUUUGUGGUGCCAGCCAAAAGAUUAAAAUAUUUUAGGGAUUUUUGAAGCUGUCUUUAUUGGUUAUGUUCUAUUGGAUUGCACAUUAUUGUUAAGGUGUUUCUAAUAUUUUGGCACACUGUAUGUAAAUAAGGUGGAUCACAACAGUUAAUAAUAAAUAAAAAAAUAAAAGUUUCACCAAAGUAUUC